AUGAGCACUGCCGAUACAGGCGGCAACGGUACUAAGACGGGCCGUCCACGCAAAAGGGCAGCCGAGGCUUGUACCUUCUGCCGUCGGAGAAAGAUUAAGUGCAGUGCUGAGAAACCUGUGUGCGCGAGUUGCAAAACGCAUGGGGUAACUUGCCAUUAUGAGCCCAUAGACGAUACCCAUCAACCAUCGAGUCGUCCACGUAAGACGCCACGACGAGAAAGAGCUUCAGAGUCGGUUGCGCCUGUAGAUGCACCUAGUCCUGCUACGCAAUCUCCUGCCCAAGCUGGUUCUUCGACACCACAGAGUGUGUCACGCAUUGUUAUCACUGCGAAUGGCUCUUCCAGCUAUCAUGGGAGGACAAGCACCUUGUUCGAUGAAGGUCCCCAUGAAAAGCCCGCUUCUGAGGCGCAUCCGGAGAUGCCUGAUGAAUGGGUUGAAAGAGGACUUGUUGCUGAAGCUGCGCGCCAGCGCCAACUGGAGACUGUAAACUUCCGCCAGGGGAAACUCGACUUUGAUGGUGUUGAGCCUGAGCUGGGGAUGCACCUGCUAUCCUUACACUGGAACCGACAACAUCACUCAUUUCUUGCAACCUAUCGCCCAGCCUUUAUGCGUGACAUGGCUUGUGGUGGGCCCUAUUUUUCCAAACUCCUUCUGAAUGCUAUCUACUUUGGUGCGGCCAAGUUCAGCCCACGCCACGAAGUUCGCCGAGUAGCGGAUGACGUACGCACUGCUGGCUGGCAGUUUCGUGAAAGAGUACGUGAGCUUCUAGGCGGCUCUCUGGACAGAAGCGAAAUCACAACGAUCCAAGCCAUGCUAGUCAUGACCAACUCACUCUUCGCCCUAGGGGAUGAACGCAGCGCUGCAUGGAUUUAUGCAGGCCUGGCAUUUCGUAUGAUAGUUGAUCUUGGUAUUCACGUGGAUACCCCACACCUUGCAGGCAGUCGCCGAUUGUCUGACGAAGACUACGAAAUCCGGAGACGCGUCUUCUGGGCUGCAUUUGUCAUCGACAAAAUCCAAAGCUUGUAUCAGGGCCGACCCGUCAGCAUCAAGGAGUCAGACACUCUUGUCCCGAUCAAGUUCCAAGAUACGUAUGAAGAACUCGAGCAUUGGACACCCUUUGCAUACUCUACGCAGUCAGAUGCGACUUACCUGGGCUCCCCGGCAUAUAGCGUUUCCACAUUUCGACAUCUUUGCCAGCUCUCAGUCAUUCUGAGUGACAUCCUCAGCACAAUAUAUACCGAGAGAAGCUCCGACUCAAGCCCUGCAGAGCUUUCGUCUAGGCUAGAAAGUAUCCAUUCAAAGCUAACGACAUGGCGACAAAACUUACCCGAGCAUCUUGCUAUAGACGCACACAAGGUUUCUGUGACGCCACCGCCACACGUACUCAGCUUACAUGCCCUUUACAACGUUCUCACGAUCCUUUUGCAUCGCCCAUUCGUUGCCGACGGGCAUCUCUACAACACUUCACGUGCAAUUUCUGUAAAUUCUUUCAUGGCUUGUGCAACAUCGGCAGAUGAUAUUGUAAAGCUCCUACGAGUAUAUCACAAAGCUUUUAGUGUGCGAAGAGCUCCAUACCUGAUUUCGUAUGCUACUUACGUUGCUGCGACUAUCCACGCUCGCAUUGCCGCUAGACGUGGACCCAGGUCUCCUGCUCAUAGGAACCUCGAGACCUGCCUGGCAGUGUUUCGCGAGAAUCAAGAAACGAAUUGGGCUGUGCGACGCGCCAAUGCGAUUGUACAAAAUUUGAUGAAGAGAAUGGGAGUUGCUACGUUGAAUCCGAACGAUGCUCUACUUGACAGGGAUACUGACAACAGAGGUCAGAGCAGUACCCUAGAUACAACAGCUGGUAGCUCCGUAGGCCGCGAGCCUAGCUUGAAAAGCAUCGAUAUCGAUGGUAUUAUCCAAAGCUUUGUUAGAGAGCGAGAACAAGAAAACGCUCUGCCGGUGCAAACAAAUGCAACUGGCAAUGCUAAUCUUCCACAUGCAAAUCUACCUGUACAAUCACAGUGGUCAAAUUCCAUGACUGGAAUGCCAGCGGCGACAUCCUACAAUGGACAAAAUGACGGCAGCAAUAUUGCAUACGAUAAUAACGGCAGCUGGAUGCUUCAAGGCCAGCAACCGUUAUUCGGCGAAAACACCUUUACUGUGGACGAUCUCCUUUAUGGCUUUAACAGCUCGGAAUUGGACCGAUUUCCGAACUUGGAUUGGGAUAUGUAA